AGCAGACAGCAGCAGAAAGACAAAGAGAAAUGAAUUCCAGUAUGAAAUAGCGCAUGGAAGCCAUGGAGAAAGACAUUCUGGCUGGGGACCAGGACACUUCGGGUGUCACACAGCUGUCCCAGGGCCAGUCUUGUCCCCCCUCAAGACAGGACACAUUGCCACAGUCCUCUUUGGAGAAGGGAGCGUUUCAAGCAUGGUUAGAAAGAGAACUUGAAAUUGCAAACCAAAAUCAAGAGAAGAAAUUGAGUGAAGAGAAACAACUCAAUAAAAAGAAGCGAAGAAAAAGAAGGAAAAAAGGUGUGAUGGAAGAAAGAAAGGUAUUAGGAACGAGUGAAGAAGGGGCAGAACAUGCAACAGAAGCGAAGGAUCACAGAGUUGAAGAAGAAAACGGAAUGGAACGGGGUGAAGUGGAAGGAACAGCAAUGGAGGCCGUGAGACAGGCAAAUGAGCAGGAGAGAAUGAGUGAGACAUCCAGUGAGAGUGACACAUCCAAUGAGAGAGACAGCGACCCUCUGACAGUUAACUCAGAGCAGGGAGCAGGACAAGUGUGGCUUCAAGGAGAACUCGAGAGAGCACUGGAACGGCAGAAGGUAGCGAACAAUAGGAUACAGAUUCAGAAAAUAACAACAUGCAUGACCUUCCACAGACUGAAUGGAGAGAACAAAGAGGAGAUGGAGAAGAUGAAAGAGGAACUAGCAGAAAGGAUGUUGGCAGAUGCUUGGCAGAGAGAUAGCGCAUGGGAGAUGGCAGAGAGAUUGACACAGGAGCAAGACACAAUUGCAGGAACAAGCAGUAUGUGUUCUCAAGAUGUCACAACAAAGCAGGAGACACCAGAGGUGGAGGUGGAGACAAAUCCAUUCAAGUCACUUGGAGCUGGGGCAGAGCAAGAUAGACAGAAUCAUGAAAGUAAGGCAGAGGAAGAAUACAGCAUCCCUGCAGAGAGUCGGGAAGAAACACUUAGAGAGCUGACACUGGCCCUGUCCACCAUAGAAGAUCAACAGAGAAGGAUAGGUGACCUUGAGAGGGUACAUGGAGCGCUUGCAGCAUGGUUUGAAAGAGAACUGGAAAUAUCAAACCAAAGUCAGGAGAAGAAAGUGAGUGUGGACUUGGAGAGAGAAGAGCCAAAGGAAAAACAACACAAUAAAAAGAAACUGAGAAAAAGAAGAAAAAAUGGACUGAUGGAACAAGGAAAUGUAUUAGGAACGAGUGAAGAAACAGAGAGACAAAACGAGAUACAGAACAGAACAGAACCAAACGACCAGAGAGUUGAAUUGAUAAAGGAAGAAAAUGGAAUGGAACGGGGUGAAGUAGUGGAAGGAACAGCAAUGGAGGCUGUGAGACAGGCAAAUGAGCAGGAGAGAAUGAGUGAGACAUCCAGUGAGAGUGACACAUCCAAUGAGAGAGACAGCAACCCUCUGACCGUUAACUCAGAGCAGGGAGCAGGACAAGUGUGGCUUCGAGGAGAGCUUGAGAGAGCACUGGAACGACAGAAGAUAGAGAACAAUAGGGUACAUAUCCAGAAAAUAGAAACAUGCAUGACCCUCCACAGACUGAAUGGAGAGAAUAAAGAGGAGAUGGAGAAGAUGAAAGAGGAACUAGCAGAAAGCAUGUUGGCAGAUGCUUGGCAGAGAGAUAGCACAUGGGAGAUGGCAGAGAGAUUGACACAGGAGCAAGACACAAUUGCAGGAGCAAGCAGUAUGUGUUCUCAAGAUGUCACAACAAAGCAGGAGACACCAGAGGUGGAGGUGGAGACAAAUCCAUUCAAGUCACUUGGAGCUGGGGCAGAACAAGAUAGACAGAAUCAUGAAAGUAAGGCAGAGGAAGAAUACAGCAUCCCUGCAGAGAGGAGGGAAGAAACACUUAGAGAGCUGACACUGGCCCUGUCCACCAUAGAAGAUCAACAGAGAAGGCUAGAUGACCUUGAGAGGAUGCAGGGAGAGCUUGAAGCAUUGUUUGAAAGAGAAUUGGAAAUAGCAAACCAAAGAGAGGAGAAGAAAUUGAGUGUGAACUUGGAGAGAGAAGCGCCGAAGGAAAAACAACACAAUAAAAAGAAACAAAGAAAAAAGGGGAAAAAAGGACUGAUUGAACAAGGAAAUGUAUUAGGAACGAGUGAAGACACGGAGAGACAAAGAGAGAUCCAGAACAAGUGGAUGGAUGUGGAUCGACUGAAUGGAAAGGAAGAAAACACAGAGGAGGGGAUGAAAAAGAAAGUAGAAGAAAAAACAGCAAUGGGCCACGCAGAAGAAGGGGCUGAACAUGCAACAGAAGCAAAGGAUCACAAAGUUGAACGGAUGAAAGAAGAAAACGGAAUGGAACGGGGUGAAGUGGAAGGAACAGCAAUGGAGGCUGUGAGACAGGCAAAUGAGCAUGAGAGAAUGAGUGAGACAUCCAGUGAGAGUGACACAUCCAAUGAGAGAGACAGCGAUCCUCUGACAGUUAACUCAGAGCAGGGAGCAGGACAAGUGUGGCUUCGAGGAGAGCUUGAGAGAGCACUGGAACGACAGAAGAUAGAGAACAAUAGGGUACAUAUCCAGAAAAUAGAAACAUGCAUGACCUUCCACAGACUGAAUGGAGAGAACAAAGAGGAGAUGGAGAAGAUGAAAGAGGAACUAGCAGAAAGGAUGUUGGCAGAUGCUUGGCAGAGAGAUAGUGCAUGGGAGAUAGCAGAGAGAUUGACACAGGAGCAAGACACAAUUGGAGGAACAAGCAGUAUGUGUUCUCAAGAUGUCACAGCAAAGCAGGAGACACUAGAGGUGGAGGUGGAGACAAAUCCAUUCAAGUCACUUGGAGCUGGGGCAGAGCAAGAUAGACAGAAUCAUGAGAGUGAGGCAGAGGAAGAAUACAGCAUCCCUGCAGAGAGGAGGGAAGAAACCGUUGGAGAGCUGACACUGUCCCAGUACACCAUAGAAGAUCAACAGAGAAGGAUAGAUGACCUUGAGAGGAUGCAGGGAGAGCUUGAAGCAUUGUUUGGAAGAGAACUGGAAAUAGCAAACCAAAGUGAGGAGAAGAAAUUGAGUGUGAACUUGGAGAGAGAAGCGCCGAAGGAAAAACAACACAAUAAAAAGAAACAAAGAAAAAAGGGGAAAAAAGGACUGAUGGAACAAGGAAAUGUAUUAGAAACGAGUGAAGACACAGAGAGACAAAAAGGGAUCCAGAACAAGUGGAUGGAUGUGGAUCAACUGAAUGGAAAGGAAGAAAACACAGAGGAGGGGAUGAAAAAGAAAGUAGAAGAAAAAACAACAAUGGGCCACGCAGAAGAAGGGGCAGAACAUGAAACAGAAGCAAAGGAUCACAAAGUUGAACGGAUGAAAGAAGAAAAUGGAAUGGAACGGGGUGAAGUGGAAGGAACAGCAAUGGAGGCUGUGAGACAGGCAAAUGAGCAGGAGAGAAUGAGUGAGACAUCCAGUGAGAGUGACACAUCCAAUGAGAGAGACAGCGACCCUCUGACCGUUAACUCAGAGCAGGGAGCAGGACAAGUGUGGCUUCGAGGAGAGCUUGAGAGAGCACUGGAACGACAGAAGAUAGAGAACAAUAGGAUACAGAUCCAGAAAAUAGAAACAUGCAUGACCUUCCACAGACUGAAUGGAGAGAACAAAGAGGAGAUGGAGAAGAUGAAAGAGGAACUAGCAGAAAGGAUGUUGGCAGAUGCUUGGCAGAGAGAUAGCGCAUGGGAGACGGCAGAGAGAUUGACACAGGAGCAAGACACAAUUGCAGGAACAAGCAGUAUGUGUUCUCAAGAUGUCACAACAAAGCAGGAGACACCAGAGGUGGAGGUGGAGACAAAUCCAUUCAAGUCACUUGGAGCUGGGGCAGAGCAAGAUAGACAGAAUCAUGAGAAAAGGGCAGAAGAAGAAUACAGCAUCCCUGCAGAGAGGAGGGACGAAACAGUUAGAGAGCUGACACUGGCCCAGUCCACCAUAGAAGAUCAACAGAGAAGGAUAGAUGACCUUGAGAGGAUGUACUUGGAGAUACAGAAAGAGAAAGAUGAGGCCCAGAGAAUCUCAGAGAGACACAGCGAGGAACAAGAAAGACGGAUUGGCCAGCUGGAGAAAUUGACAGAAAAUAUGAUGAAAGAGAAAGUUGAGGCCCGGAGAGUCUCAGAGAGACACAGCGAGGAACAAGAACGACGGAUUGGCCAGCUGGAGAAAUUGACAGAAAACAUGAUGACGAAAAUCAUAGAGAUGGAGAGACAACGUGAUGAAACAGCAGCACUCAGAAAAGUGGAGCAGGAGAGAACGACAGCAGAGGAAAUGGAGAGAACGGCAGGAGGCACACCAAAUGACCAACCAAAAACAGUAGCGACGAUGGACACACCAAAUGACCAACCAAAAACAGUAGCGACGAUGGACACACCAAAUGACCAACCAAAAACAGUAGCGACGAUGGACACACCAAAUGACCAACCAAAAACAGUAGCGACGAUGGACACACCAAAUGACCAACCAAAAACAGUAGCGACGAUGGACACACCAAAUGACCAACCAAAAACAGUAGCGACGAUGGACACACCAAAUGACCAACCAAAAACAGUAACAACGAUGGAGGAGACCAGCAUGCCUACAGGAGGCCAGCCUGCCAGUGUGAACUCGCACCUGGAAAUCAUUUGUGUGAUAGAGGAGGAGAGACACGGCCAAGAGAUAAUGGUGUCCGGUAGUCGCAUGGAAAACUCUGGGCCUGAAAAUGACAUAGAAAUAGAUGCAAAAAGAGAAGGGCAUAAAAGCACUGCAAACUCAGGGCCAGCCGAGGACCGUUCAUGCCCAAGCAAUGACAUGGAGCGAAGAGGACAGAGUGCUGCGGGCUCUCUAGAAAAUUGUAAGCCCAAAGACAUGGAGACGGACACCAAAAGAGGGGAAUGCAGUGCAGCUGGUAUUGCAGUGCCAACUGAGAAUGACUUGGAAUCGGAUGCAUCUGAUGGACCCAGUGAGCAGCUGCCUGGAGGUCUCGAGGAGGAGCAGAAAAAGAAAAAGAAGAAAAAGUCUGUACUGAGGUGGAUGAGGAAGCGACUCCGAUUCGGACAAAACUAAACACCAGCAUCCGCACACACACACACACACACACACACACACACACACACAUACACACACACACACACACAUUGACACAAAAAUAUCAACAACAACCACAAAAACCAAGACAAAAAUAAAAUGAAAAGCAAAACAACAACAACAAAACUACUAC